AAUUGAAAAUGUUUUCGGACAUGCCAGUUUCUAUUUACAGCACGUUUACCAACAUUAUAUGUACUAACGUUACAGCUUGGCUAGCUAGCUACUGCUUGUAAUGCAUACAUACGCCUAACUAACUAGAAAUGAGUCAGCUACUGGCUCUGUAUUCAGAUGUGUAGUUCUCCUUUUAUGUUUCACAUUAUUUAAACCCCAGACAACAUUAACCUUGACCACUUGUUGUAGACAGUAACCGAGCCUUUCACCAUGACUCUCAGUUCCAUGAAACAUAGCUCAUUGGACGAAGACGUCUUCUGUGGGAGUUUGGUUAAGAGCCGCGACACUCAAUCUGAACAUUAACAGACGUAGUUUACGCCACGGUACAGUAACAACAUGUCUUCUGGCCCACCUCAGUCGCCCGCAGUGGCUAAGACAGAGGUGACUGUCGAAGGAGAAUGCCCUCUCCUCGCCGCCACCUUUGCCUACUGGGACAACAUCCUAGGCCCGCGAGUGCGCCACAUCUGGGCUCCCAGGUGUGAGCAGCCGCUGUUGCUGAGUGACGGUGAAGUCACCUUCCUGGCCAAUCACACGCUGAACGGGGAGAUUCUGCGCAGCGCCGAGUGUGGAGCGGUGGACGUCAAGUUCUUUGUCCUAGCUGAGAAGGGCGUCAUCAUUGUCUCGCUGAUCUUUGAUGGCGAGCUGAAGGGUGACAAGAACACGUGUGCCCUGUCCAUUAUUCUUCCACAGACAGAGCUGGCCUUCUACCUGCCCCUGCACACUGUCUGUGUGGAGAGGCUCAAACAUAUAAUCCGCAAGGGACGCAUCUGGAUGCAGAAAGGCUACAACAUCAUUUCUGUGCUGACAUCAGAGAUUGUCCCCAUCAUGGAGCUGCUGUCCUCCAUGAAGACACACAGUGUCCCAGAGGACAUAGAUAUCAAGGACACCAUCCUAAAUGAUGACGACAUUGGAGACAGCUGCCAUGAAGAUUUCCUGCAUAAGGCCAUCAGUUCUCAUCUCCAAACGUGUGGCUGCUCCAUGGUGGUCGGAAGCAACCCAGACAAAGUCAACAAGAUAGUGCGAACACUGAGCCUUUUCCUCACCCCUGCUGAGAGGAAGUGCUCUCGGCUCUGUAAAGCUGACUCCUCUUUCAAGUACGACACAGGACUGUUUGUACAAGGCCUCCUCAAGGACUCCACGGGCAGCUUCGUCUUGCCCUUCCGCCAGGUGCUGUACUCGCCCUACCCGACCACGCACAUCGACGUGGACAUCAACACGGUGAAGCAGAUGCCACCCUGCCAUGAGCACACUUACAACCAGCGCCUCUACAUGCGCUCGGAGCUCAGCACACUCUGGAAGGCAGCCAGCGAGGAUGACAUCGCCCCCGACGCUGUCAUUCACACCGAUGAGUCCUUCACCCCCAACCUAAAUAUUUUUCAGGAUGUUAUGCAUAAAGACACUCUGGUGAAGUUAUUUAUAGAUGAGGUGUUCAUGCUGAAGCCAGGCCUCAAUCUGCGAAGUACUUACUUAGCCCAGUUCUUGCUGAUCCUUCACAGGAAGGCUCUCACGCUACUCAAAUACAUUGAAGAUGAAACGCAAAAGGGAAAGAAGCCUUUCCGCUCCUUGCGCAGCUUGAAGACAGACCUCGACCUGAUGGUGGAAGGCGACCUGAAUAUUGUCAUGGCUUUUGCUGAGAAGCUGAGGGCUGGACUGCACUCCUUUGUAUUUGGGAAGCCAUUCUACACCAGUGUACAGGAGCGAGACGUGCUCAUGAGUUUUUGACUCUUACUGUUAUCCUCAUGACUUGAUGUUUGUUUCUUAUCUUUAAUUAUUUCUUAUUAUUGUAGCAUUGUCAAUAAGGAACCUGCAAGUAAGCAUUUCAUUGGACGGUGUAUACCAAGGUUAUUAUAGUAAAAUAAAAACUAAAAUUGUAAAAACAAUAUAGUAAACAAAUAAUAACAUAUGCUGAAACGUAUAAUUGACUGCAAAAUGAACUAAAAUGGAAGCCAUCAUAAAUUAUUUGUUUAUUUCCCUUUCUAAACAAAUCUAAUACGAUGUAACCUUUUUUUCUAAUGGGGAUUUUGAGCUUCUGGAUAUGCUGGUUAAGUAAUGCCAGUAGAUGCUGACGUUUCAAUAGGCUUAGUUUGUGCAUUGCUAACAGGGAAGAAAUCUGAGGGCAAGCGCAGAGCUGGACUGGGCUAAGCUAGAGCAGCUUGUAAAGUUGGAGCAGUUUACAAUCUACAACGACAAACUUCAGACUGACAGCCAGUUGCUGUCUGAUGUGGUGCCGUGCCUUCUCACUUGCAAUCUACUACUACUACUGGGGGAGAGGGUGAGAAAGUCACCUCUAGCAAGGAUGGCUGUUUGCCUAAGCUGUGGCACUGGAUCUGGUUUCUGCCCCUGCAUCCCAAGAGUUUGUCGAGAGAAUAUUCUUUGUCCGUGGGCAACUGUCAUCAGGCUUGAGAAACUGAACGACCACCUCUGGAACGCAGUCUUCUUGAAGAUGAAACAGAAUCUUGUUUGGUGGAGCAGAAACACACACAAGCUGGCUGGCUUUGAACUGAAAGAUUUGUGAAUGUGUUGCUUAUGUUUUUGCAGCCAUUUUUAUUAACCUAUUUGAAGGGCUUAGUCAGUUAUACAUGUUUAAUAUUACAUAAACAUAACAUGUCAAAUGGG